CUUCUUUCUUUUCAAAACUUUUCCUUCCUGAAUAAACUCUCCCCUCCCAAAAAUUAGUUUUAUCACAAGUUUUAAGACCUUUGAAUAUAUUUCAUCCUACAAAAGCUUAUUCUAGAGUGAAUUUUUGAGGCAUCUCCCACACCGCAUCUACCGAUAAUGACUUGGCCCCAUGCGACAGAUGGAAAGCCACCAUCUCUCGAUGCUACCGAGUCUACACCGUUGCUGAAUGAAUCCUCCCGUCAGUCAUUAUACACAAGUCAUGCCGAUACAGAUGUAGAUGAGGAUGUCGAUCCUAGCCUGUCAUCAACGGUCUUUGCUCCCGAAGAGGACCCUGCCUUGCUUGGUCUCACCCAGGUCACUUCCAUUCCUCAAGGACUUGAUAUCGAACCUAAUCUUGAACGGCUCCCUUCCGCUCCUGUGAGCCAAAAACAAGUGCUCGGGGAUGAAGAUGGUAUUCCAAGUGAACCAACCGGCUAUGCUUCGCGGUUCAUCAACGUUUCGCCAAUGCGAUUUUGGCUUAUCUUCUCUGGUAUCAUGAUGGGAUAUUUGAUUGGCUUUUUCGAUUCUACCUUGAUGGCUUCCAGCCACCCCGUUAUCACAUCCUACUUUCAGGCCUCGAACUCCGCAUCGUGGCUAUCGACCGCGUUCCUAUUGACCUCUACUGCUUUCCUCCCACUGUUUGGGCGCAUAUCUGACACAUUUGGAAGGAAGCCGGUCUAUCUUUUCGCGAUCGCCAUCUUUUUCAUCACGACCGCGUGGUGUGCAGCCGCCCAAAGCAUGUUCAGCUUCAUCGCUGCCAGGGCGUUCUGCGGACUUGGAGCUGGUGGUGUCUUCUCCAUGGGCAUGAUCCUCUCCAGUGAUUUGGUCCGCCUUGAAUAUCGAGGUGUCUACCAGUCUUACAUCAACCUUUGCUUAGGCGUGGGUGGUUGCCUGGGGCUGGCAUUUGGCGGGUUCUUGUGCGACAGUGUAGGAUGGAGAGGUGCGUUCCUUGUGCAAUUGCCUUUCAUCUUUGUUUACUUCCUGGUGGCGGCCUGGACGACCCCUGCCGACCUGGGUUUGAAAAAAGCGAAAACAGAACGGAAGACUAUGUUGCAGCUUAUUAAAAGCAUCGACCUCGUGGGCUCGCUGAUCCUGGUCGUUGGUGUGACCGCAUUGAUCAUGGGACUCAACUUGGGCGGUAAUGUGUUGAGCUGGACUCAUCCCGUUGUCGUUACGUCCUUGAUCUCAUCCUUCAUCUUGGCAUUUGUUUUUGUCCGAUAUGAGCGAACCGUGGAGCGCGGAGUUAUGCCGAUCUCUUUGCUGGUACAAGAGCCUCGUGCCAGCCUCAUCUUCGGGAACUUUUUUGGGGCCAUUUCCGUCAACACCAUGGUCUUCAAUGCUCCUUUAUAUUUCCAGGCAGUCAAGCUAGCUAGUCCGACUGACUCGGGUCUCAGGCUGGUUGGUUCGACACUCGCGGUGACCAUUUCCAGUGUGUCGACAGGCUUCAUCAUCACGUGGACUAAGAAACUCAAGCCGGCCAUCGUGUUCGGCGGCGUUUUCCUAGUUUUGGGAGGUUGCGCUGCUGCGUCAAUGGGUGUCGACACACCUGACUGGCUUGCGAUGGUUUGCGUUGCCGUAUCAAGCCUUGGCCAAGGGUGCUCAUUUCCUUCGAUAAUGGUAGCAAUUCUUGCCUCUACUGAUCAGGACGACCAAGCUGUGGCCACCACAACAUUGGGUUUGUGGAGAAACCUAGGCUCAGUGAUGGGCGUGGCAACAAGCAGUUGGAUCUUCCAGAAUACCCUUCUAUAUCGCCUGGAAGAGAUGGUCACAGGACCAAACAAGGAGGAUGUUAUCCUCCUCGUCCGCAAAUCAGUACAAGCCGUCGCCAAGCUCGACCCGAUGCACCAGCACCAAGUCAUCGGAGCGUAUGCUGCUGCCCUCCGUGCUACCUUCUUCUCUGCUGCUAUCUGGGGUGCCCUUAUGCUUAUUCUGCAUCUUCGAGCCCGGGUUCCCAGACUGGGAACCAAAGCAUGAGGAAGUACGGUGCUGAUAUGCCACAGUGUUGACCCAACGAACGUAAGCGACUAUGACAUAGACAUUCGAUAAAGCCACCAUCUCUGGCGGAAGAUGUUUAACACCCCACAAAAUCACGACUGAUUACUUAAAAGUUUUGGAUAAAGGUAAUGUUAGGUACAAAAUGAGAGCGAUGUGAUUAGGAGACGGCUGUGCUUAUGGAUAAAAUCCGUUCAUGCAAAUAGGACGGGGCGAUAGAUACCCUGUUUGAAGUGUUAGAUAGAGUACAAAUUGAAC